AUGAGUAGCACCAUUGCAGAUCUCUUCUUCAAGGACCAGUUUCACGGUCGUGAUGGAGAGGAUCUUGGGCCUUUUGUCAAUAACCGCAACGCCAACCAGGACCCUUCGCCAAUGAACCAGAGAGUCACCGCCAGUAUCACACCAGAAUCGUUACAAUCAUACCAUAAUAUGUCUCAAGAAAGGCAGUUAGCAGAGUCUACAAAUAAGGAAGGUGGUUUGCUGGAGUCUCCGUUUGAUUUUAGUGAUUACGACGAGUCGAUCAACUUUGGCGUCGCACCAGUAUCCCAGGAACAGCCACAGCAGCAGCAGAAUCAGCAGCGGGAUCCAGCGAGUGGGGCAGUAUUUGAUGCUUCCGAAAGUGCCGUUAAAUCUGAGUAUUCGCCCAUCUUCCCGAUCUCUGUAACUCCUUCCGCUUCUCAGUCGUCCUCCUCAGCUACUAAGAACGAAUUCGUUGACUUUUUAAAUGAUGAAUUAGUUCGUGACGAGAGUGGCAUGAGCAUGGGAUCUGUGGAAAUGCAUGAAACAAGCUGCAAAGUUGGUAAGAAGCGUAAGGAGAAGAUUUCACACAAUAUUAUCGAGAAGAAAUAUAGAACAAACAUUAAUGAUAAGAUAUUUCAGCUGCGAGAGAUUGUACCCACCCUCAGAUUUGCCCAUAAGAACUGCCGUGGAAUGCCCAUAUUGGCGCAAGACGCGGAAGAUUUAGAUGGAUUGGAGCCCGCAAGAAAACUGAACAAAGUUUCAAUUCUGAUGAAGACUAUCGAGUACAUACAGCAUCUCGAGUCUAAGUGUGCCGCAUACCGAUUUGAAAAUCAGCAGUUGAAAGAUAAUAUUCCCAGACAAGAUAACUUGUAUCAGCAAACAACAGCACCAACAGCAGCAUUGGCCGCUGCUGCACCAGCAAUAAUACCAGGUAGCCAGCGCGCUACAAAUAACAGUAAUACUAUUCCCUCCCACAUCGCUGGCCAAUUCCAUGGUCAAUUUUACGGGUCGCCCACGUAUAGUGAAGCACCACCCUCAUCAUCGCGACAGCAAGAUGCUGUUCCAAAUAACAACAGCUACUACAACAGUGAUUACGCCUCCAAAAUUCUGAUGGGUGGCAUGGCUCUGACAAUGGGGGCCACUUGUUUUGGUGAGAACGGCGGAGAUAUGGGAGCUGCUCGCGCCCUUUUCGCAAUGCCUGUGUUUCGCUUUUCUGCCCAAAACGGGUUUGUAAUAUUAAACUCAUAUGGCACCAUUGACUUACAGUCUUCAAUCUUUUCAUUGUUAAGGCUGUCGCUAGUUCUCAUCACUGGUGUUUACCUUCUUAAUUGCUUGCUGUUUGCUGGCAAAAACAGUGGAAAGAAGCACGAUUCAGAGACCUCUUCGAUAUUUGCAACCAAAGAUACAGUUCAGUUCGACUCGAUAGAUCACCUAAAGCAAACUUUAUGGAAAACGCUCGUAAUCAACAGGCUGAAAUACAGGUUGAAUUCGAUGGAACGAAUCGAAUCAAAGAUUGCUAAAUGUUUUGCCAUUAGAGUCUACUUUCAGAAAUCCAGUCUUCCGUGGUCGGCUUUUUCUGAGAAGUAUGUUGAUAAAUUAUGGAAAGGAUUGAGAAAUCAAAUCAAUGCCGCAAACGUCAAAAGUAAAGGUUUACUGAGAAUGGGACUGGAGUGGGAUAUGAUCACCAAUAUCACUACUGUCGGAAGGGAAAUGACCUUGGACAACUCAAAACUUUUGAAAGUAUUGUCAAGCGAUGAAAAAGAAUACGACUUGAAAGAAUUCAUCUCUCUGCUAAAUUCAUACAUCUUGAAGGAGCAAACUGAAGAUAUGCUGUCUUCUCUUCUCGAGAAGCUGGUUAGCAGUGACUUCAAUAAAUGGAAUGGCAUUAUUGGCAGUUUCAGAGGUGAUGAGUUUCGCCACAACGAGAUUUUGAAGUCUAUACCUGAGAAGUACCUUGCUCUCGAUUGCCUCCUCAGACCUGAUAAGGAAAGCUGCGAUAAGCUUUCGAAAUGGAUUAGGGCGAACAAAGAAGAAACUUUGGAAGAUCUUUUGAAUGAGAAACUAGUCCUUUACGGAUCGAUUGUUAGGCGCUUGAUUGAACUGAAACAAUAUGAUCAAUGCGAAAAGCUUUUGAAGAGGAUGCCCUUGCAGGUGCUGGAAAUCUGGAGGAAUUCGAUAUCUAUGGUCGGCUUUACUUCAAUGUACUUGAUGCUGAACUCUGUCUUUGAAAAUAUAUCAAGCUUUAGGCAACAUUCGAUGAUGCUAGAGACUGCUUGCGGUGAGGUCAGAGUUUGGUUAGGGUCUUCUCCAGGUGAUAUAGUGAAUUUCUCGUUGAGAUCCAGAAUGAUUGCCUACUGCAUAGAAAAAUCGUUGUUAUGCGACUCACUAACGCAGUUCGACGACGACACUGAAGAGUUGGACGAUGACAAGCUUGAUGGCGAAAGUAUUGACAAGGAUGACGAUACGACGGAUUUUGAAGAAUAG